CCCCAAGUCAAGAUAUCGAGCGCCCCCGUUACACUUCGUUAGGUCAUCGUUCUGUGAUUUUGGGAGAAUACAUCCACCGCUCGAUUUCACUCCAAAUCAUCUUCAAAGUCAUAUCUUCGUUGCUAUUCAAUAUCUAAACAAAGAAUCGUAUUCCAUCAGAAUAUCUUCAAGAUGCCAGCUUCAGUAGCAUCAGCACCAGUCAAACGGACGGCCAACAGAACGACAGCUUCGAGGACGAAGAAGCCCACGCAAAGUGUGGCUAAGAAACCUCAAACCAACGGCGCCGUAAAUGGUGCGUCUCAACCGCAAAUGUCGCCUUACACGAUUAUGGCGUCGAGGAUCGCAAAUCGUGUAGCCGAAAUGGCAGAGAACAUGACGUUUGUCGAGCGUGAGAAGCCACAGGAGCAAUCUCAACAACCCGCGGCGCCCUCCAAGCCUGCGCAAAAGAAACCCCCUCGCAAACUUGAAAUGCGCAUUCCCAACUCCGGCGCAUCGCCUACCAACAUCACCUUCAGCGCUCCCUUCCUGGACAAUACGCUCUCGAAGCUCUUGACGCUGCAAAACCGGAUGCUCAAAGUGAGCAACGAUAUUGCGGCGAGCGAGGAUGUUGAUGAACAGACGAAGCAGGAGCAGUUUGCGCAGAGUGCUGAGCUGUCAAGGAUCAUUGCGUUGAUUUGUGCGGAGAAGGCCAGACAGGGUGCUUAGAUUACAUUUGUGGAUAUGUAGGAUCGUUAUGAGAGCUUCGACGGAGUCUUGGGUGUCUCUUAUGUUUUCAAUAGUGAGUUUGGGAUCUGCCGUGUUACGAAAAUGCUUCUUUCGGUAGUGUACGAUUUCGAUAGGAUAUUUGGAGGAGAAUCAAAGCUGGUU